AUAGAGGGCGCUCAUGCUUAUCCUUUCGGACACACAUUGGCACUGAACAAAGCCUGUGCAUUGCAAAGUCUGUCUUUUUUCUUCCCUGCAAUCCUCAUUAGAAUCCUGUUCCUCAAUCUCCCUUCCCAUUUCCACAUUUUCAUUCCCAACCCCUCCACAUCUCCUGAUCAAUGGAUACACACACACACAUCAUCAGACUCUAAGCUCACAUACACUGCUGCUGGACCUCUCUGCUAACAAGUCAAUGCCUUUUUUUUUAACCUGCUCUCCCAAGAAAAUAUAGGAACCUGGGAUUUUUCUAUUUUGUAUUUUUGCUUUUUUUGUGGCUUUUUUCUUCUUCUUUUUUUUUUUAAUGCUCAACAUGGAACUAACUCUAUAUAGAUGAUCUGCCCCAAAGGAUUUAAUUCUCUCCAGGAUUUUUGGAUAUAUUAAGAAUCUUCUCAUUUUUUUUUUUUUUUUUGGAUGGUUACUGUAGAGCCUGCAGCUUUCCUUCUUGAGCUUUUUGAGUGAGUUGGAUCUAUUGGAUUGUGCUGUGUUGGGUUGAAUUAACUUUGCCUGCUACUACUACGACAAGCUUACAGUCUAACCUGAUACUGGGCUCUGCAUGAAGGUGCCAGGGCUCAGGGUACCAGCCUUCAGAGGUGCAUGUUGAAAUAUGGAGGGAUGCCUUGGAUUGUACUCAUUGCCAAAGGUGGGAAUUGUCAUGCUUUUGACAUUGCUGGGAUCACAUCUAUCACAAGCUGGUUCCCAGGUUAAAAGCUUCACUUCAUUAUGGUUCACCACUGAGCCUUUAGAUGUGGUUACGAUACGGGGGAGUUUUGUGGUGUUAAACUGUUCAGCGGCCUCGGAUCGGGGGUCUCCGACCAUCAAGUGGAAAAAGGAUGGCGUUUACCUGAACCUUGCCAUCGACGACCGAAGGCAACAGCUGCCCAAUGGCUCUCUUAUAAUACAGACUGUGGUACAUUCCAGACAUCACCGGCCGGAUGAAGGUUCUUACCAGUGCGAGGCAUCUUUGGAUGGUAUUGGCGCAAUUAUUAGUCGGACGUCUAAAGUAUUGGUUGCUGGUCCGCUGAGGUUCCUGUCCCAGACGGAAUCCGUCACGUCUUUCCUGGGUGAUACGGCUUUACUGAAGUGUGAAAUAGUUGGCGAGCCCAUGCCCUCUAUCCAUUGGCAGAAGAAUCAAGAGGAUCUGGUACUGAUUCCUGGUGACACGCGUGUGCUGGUCCUGCCUUCGGGGACACUGCAGAUUAGUCGACUUCAAUCGGGAGAUGCUGGACUCUACAGAUGCUUGGCCAAAAACCCCGGCAGCUCCAGGACAGGGAAUGAGGCUGAAAUCCGCCUAUUAUCCGAAUCCGGCUUACAUCGACAACAAAUCUUUCUGCAAAGGCCUUCCAACGUCGCUGUUGUGGAAGGACAGGAUGCGGUCCUCGAAUGUGCUGUUUCUGGAUACCCAACACCCACCAUCUUCUGGAUGCAUGGAGAGGAACUCAUCCUGACCAGGACAAGGAAAUACUCACUGCUGGGAGGCAGCAAUCUGCUGAUUUCCAACGUAACAGAAGGCGAUGCGGGGACAUACACGUGUGUGGUCAUCUACAAGAAUGAGAACAGCACCGCCGCGGCAGAACUAAGCGUCCUGGUGCCUCCACGGUUUCUAAACCACCCAGCCAACCUGUUCGCCUACGAAAGCAUGGACAUUGAGUUUGAAUGCGCUGUCACUGGAAAGCCAGCUCCGACCAUCAAGUGGAUCAAGAAUGGAGAAGUAGUUAUUCCCAGCGACUACUUCCAGAUAGUGAGUGGCAGCAAUCUCAGGAUAUUAGGUCUUGUGAAGUCGGAUGAAGGUUAUUAUCAGUGUAUCGCUGAGAAUGAGGCUGGGACUGCUGAGACAUACGCUCAGCUCAUCAUCCCUGAACCCGCUGUUCCCAGCUCCAGUGUCCUCCCCUCUGCUCCCCGCGAUGUGGCCCCUGUCUUGGUCUCUAGCCGAUUUGUACGUCUCAGCUGGCGACCCCCUGUGGACACGAGAGGGAAUAUACAAGCCUACACCGUCUACUACUCCAAGGACGGAGCACACAGGGAACGCGCCUUGAACACAACGCAGCCAGUUGCCUUGCAGCUAACAGUGGGGAACCUAAAACCCGAGGAAACCUAUUCUUUCCGAAUUGUCGCCUACAAUGAAUGGGGACCAGGAGAGAGCUCACAGCCUGUUAAAGUUUCAACACAACCAGAAUUACAAGUCCCAGGACCAGUAGAAAAUCUUCAGGUGGUCUCUACGGCUCCUACAUCGAUGCUGAUAACCUGGGAACCCCCGGCCUAUGCAAAUGGCCCCGUACAAGGCUACAGAGUCCUCUGUACAGAAACCAUAUCAGGAAGAGAACAGAACAUCGAAGUUGAUGGACUUUCGUACAGACUUGAAGGCCUUCGGAAGUUUAUGGAAUACAGUAUAAGAGUUUUGGCCUACAAUCGUUAUGGCCCCGGAGUCUCAACAGAAGAACACGCAAUCAUGACCUUAUCAGAUGUGCCAAGUGCCAUGCCUCAGAAUGUCUCCUUAGAAGUGGUGAACUCCAGGAGCAUAAAAGUAAGCUGGCUACCACCCCCCUCAGGAACUCAGAAUGGAUUUAUUACCGGGUACAAAAUCAGGCACAGAAAAACCACCCGACGGGGGGAGUUGGAGACAAUAGAGCCCAACAACCUAUGGUACUUGUUCACAGGUCUUGAAAAGGGAAAUCAGUACAGUUUUCAAGUCUCUGCAAUGACAGUUAAUGGAACUGGGCCUUCAUCUGAUUGGUAUACAACAGAAACACCCGAAAAUGAUCUUGACGAAUCUCAAGUGCCAGACCAGCCCAGUUCUCUUCAUGUCAGACCGCUCUCCACCAGUAUCAUUAUGAGCUGGACACCGCCGCUGAACCCCAACAUUGUGGUACGGGGGUACAUCAUAGGCUACGGCGUCGGGAGCCCCUAUGCUGAGACGGUGCGGGUAGACAGCAAGCAGCGGUAUUAUUCCAUAGAGAAUUUAGAACCAAGCUCCCAUUAUGUAAUUUCUCUGAAAGCUUUCAAUAACGCUGGUGAAGGCGUCCCUCUUUAUGAAAGUGCAACAACCCGCUCUCAAACCGACCCCCUGGAUCCCUCAGAAAUUGAGUUUUAUCCUUUUAUUGAUGAUUUCCCCACCUCCGUCCCAGAAAUGUCCACCCCCAUGCUCCCACCAGUAGGUGUUCAGGCCGUCGCGUUAACGCAUGAUGCCGUGAGGGUCAGCUGGGCAGAUAACUCUGUCCAAAAGAACCAGAAGACAGCAGAGGUCCGUUUCUACACCAUACGAUGGAGAACCAGCUACUCCACAAGUUCGAAAUACAAGUCUGCUGAUACAACGGCUUUAAGCCACACUGUUACGGGUCUCAAGGCAAACACAAUGUAUGAGUUUUCAGUCAUGGUCACGAAAGGAAGGCGAUCGAGCACAUGGAGUAUGACCGCGCACGCCACUACUUAUGAGACAGCUCCAACAUCUGCCCCGAAGGACUUAACGGUUAUCACAAGGGAAAGGAAGCCUCGAGCUGUUAUAGUCAGCUGGCAGCCACCAAUCGAAGCCAACGGCAAGAUUACCGCGUAUAUCCUGUUCUAUACAAUGGACAAAAACAUCCAGAUAGACGACUGGGUCAUGGAGACGAUCAGUGGUGACAGGUUGACUCACGAAAUCUUGGAUCUCAAUUUGGACACCGCUUAUUACUUCCGAAUUCAAGCACGCAAUGCUAAAGGACUGGGACCCCUCUCCGAUCCCAUACCCUUCAGGACACCAAAAGUGGAACAUCCUGACAAAAUGGCUAAUGACCAAGGCCGCCAUGGUGACGGAUCGUUCUGGCCACUGGAUACAAACCUAAUAGACAGAAGUAGUCUGAAUGAGCCUCCCAUUGGACAGAUGCAUCCGCCACAUGGUGUCACCCCGCAGAAGAACAGCAAUCUCCUGGUCAUCAUUGUGGUUACUGUUGGAGCAAUCACUAUUUUGGUGGUAGUCAUAGUAGCUGUGAUCUGCACGAGGAGGUCGUCUGCACAACAGAGAAAAAAACGGGCCACACACAGCGCUAGUAAACGGAAAGGUAGCCAGAAGGAACUUAGGCCUCCAGAUCUUUGGAUCCACCAUGAGGAGAUGGAGAUGAAGAACAUAGAAAAGCCAGCUGGAUCGGAAACUCAGGGGCGGGACUCCCCCCGGCCCAGCUGCCAAGAUAUCACACCAGUUAGCCACAGCCAAUCAGAGUCUCAGCUGGGCAGCAAAAGCUCACAUUCCGGUCCAGAUACAGAUGAAGUCGGGAGUAACAUUUCCACAUUGGAGCGCUCUCUAGCUGCCAGAAGAGCCACAAGGGCCAAGCUCAUGAUUCCAAUGGAGUCGCAGGCCAACAAUCCAUCUGUGGUCAGUGCCAUACCGGUUCCCACCCUAGAAAGUGCCCAGUAUCCAGGAAUUCUACCAUCGCCGACUUGUGUCUAUCCGCACCCACAAUUCACGCUUCGUCCCGUACCCUUCCCUACGCUGUCAGUGGAUCGGGGGUUCGGCCCUAGUCGAGUAGUGAAUGAAGUUGCACAAUCCCAGCAAUCAUCGGUGAUAUCCCACGCGCAGCCAGAACAUCCAAGCAAUGAGGAUGCUCCAAGCCGGACGAUUCCUACCGCCUGCGUCCGGCCGACACAUCCGCUGCGCAGCUUUGCCAAUCCCUUGUUACCUCCACCAAUGACUGCCAUGGAACCUAAAGUCCCUUAUACGCCGCUGCUAUCUCAGACAGGGUCCAGCCUACCUAAGCCACAAGUAAAGACGGCAUCGUUGGGGCUGGCAGGAAAGGCAAGAUCCCCACUUCUCCCAGUUUCAGUUCCCACAGCCCCAGAAGUGUCAGAGGAAAGCCACAAACAUACAGAUGACCCAUCCAGUGUAUACGAACAGGACGAUUUAAGUGAACAAAUGGCCAGUCUGGAGGGUUUGAUGAAGCAACUCAACGCUAUCACAGGCUCCGCUUUCUGAGCUUGGAAUUGGCUCUUUUUGCUGCCUCCGGAGCCUGGAAAAACAUUGCAGAGCAAUGCACUUUUAGCUCCUCAACGGCAGCAAAGGGGUUAAUGGGACACCUAGGAGCAUUGCAGCAUACCCGUGUAUUAAAUCUCACCAGUGAAAACAUCCGCACAGACCACACAGGAAAUAACCGUGGAUUUAUUACAUCAAGAAUCCUCAUGACAUCCUGGAAUAAUUUGUUACUCCGAGAACUCUUUUCAUCGAAUCAUUUUUAUUUUCCCUGGAAACGUCUGGAGGGAGUUUGGUGCAAAGGCCACAUUUUCUGAAAGACAGAAUUCAGGAACGCUGAUAUGCCAUACUGACUGCUUUCCUAGCUAUAAAAGGGAAAAGAUAUUGGCGAUAGGAUAAAGAAUCUGAUCAUUCCAAACUGCUAUUGUGGUUCUAGGUUGAUGACCAGGGCUUCACAAAAAAAAAGAUCAUCAUGCCGAAGCUCCCAGCUCUAGCUACCUACUGUGGCCUUUAUAGAAGAGUCUUACUUCCCCUGUUGGGUUUUUCAAUAAUGUUUGAAAAUUGCAACAGGAAAACUAAAGCAUCUUUGUCUGCAAAAUGCAAGACCCCCCGUGGUUGGGGGAUAGAGUUGGGAACUUAAGCAGGGAGAGCCCCAAAGCAUAUACAAAGCUUGUAUUCAGUACAAGAAAAUACAGUUGCAAAGCCAAGAGGUUAACACGAUGGAAACAAAAAACGUGUAUUUCUAUCAGUGGUUUGGUAAUGGCGGUGUUUUUGCCUUAUGACAGCUUAAAGUGAACGUGUGAUAUGCCCAUUUCUCUAUAGCAAAAUAAUAUAGGCACAUUUUACAAUGGAUCUAGUGUGCAAGCCCCAUCAGUUAACAUUUAGAAAUGCAGAAUUUUUGUGUACUGAAAACGGAUACUAUACGGACCUCUGUGAGCAAGCUUUUGAGCUUGCCAUACACGUCAGCUGGGCUCAACGUGAGAAAUUCAUAGAUUCCCUAACAACGAGGAUGGAGGCAACUCCCCUGGUGGUUAUUGGUAGCCGGAACCUGCGGCCAUCAGAAUACCUGCACAGUGGCUGGAGCUGAUUGGCCCAUUUUUUCUACCCAGCUCCUUUGAUAUAUCAGUUGACGUUUGUUGGCCAUGUGGUGUUGUUAGGACCACCUACGACUCGCAUAUUAGCCAAUUCACAGGAAUCGGCUGAUAUUCGAGUUGUGAAUGGCCAGCUUUAGUCAUGCAAAUCUACUGAUACAUGAUAGGUUUUGUAGAUGGUUUCACCACAAAUGGUUCUGUUGGACAGAACAGACAGGAGUAGCGUACACCAUCCUACAGUAACCAAUUAAAAUCCAGCUUUUAGCAGCUCAGAGUAAACCUUGGAAAGCUUUUGAUUGGUUACUGUGCCCACUGUGAUUUUUUUUUUUAUUUAAUCCUAGAAUUAAUUUUACAGCACAGUGCAAACUAUUGGUGUGAAAACCAAUGAUGAGGUAUGAGAUGCAUUAGUUAAUUUAUAAUCUACAAAUGAUACAGGAACACUGCUGCAGGAGUUAGGCCUCAUUCGCUGCAGCAUACGCCCGUGUCAGGGCCGUGUUUACCCACACACUCUCUGCAUUCGAGGGUGUCCAAUUGGGGGCAGCAGCUGUGUCUACACAGCCACUGCAGCCCAAUUGACAUAAAUGGGAUUGUCUGCUUGGGGAUGCAUAGAGCACCUGUGUAUCCCCAUGUGGGUAAACACUGCCCUUUGCAUGGAGGUUUGCUGUAGAACACUGUGCAUUUACAAGGCCUUAGGUGCAAACAUGGGGGUUGAUUUACUAAAGGCAAAUAGACUGUCCACGUUACAAAGUGUAGUUGCACUCUGCAAG